GCUCAAACAAAUGAAUGGAAAAGAAGAAGAUUAGACUGACGUCGGUGACCAACCAAGCAGGAAAAGUGUGAGUAGAAAGGCAGUCACAGCGAAUGCACCAGCUUUCAGGGCAGGAAUAAUCCGCUAAGCUGCUGCUGCCAUCAUGUUGUCGGAGGGAGGCUCGUUCAUGAAGGGGAUGGUGGUGGGCGGCGUCUUCUGCUUGGUGCUGUCGCUGCUGGGCAGCUUCAGCCCCGUCACCGAGUCCAAGACGGACGGCAACGACCACCAUCAUCACCACGUCAAGGCUGCGAGCAAAGACGAGCUCCAGCAACUCUCUGACAGCCGGCUGCAGAAGCUGACUGACCAACUCCAGGUCUACUGCGUCGUCAUGGUGCAGCCCAAAAGCCUCGUCUAUUGGGCCACGGCGCUGGACACCUGGACCAAGCACUGCGACAAGGCCGAGUUUUACACCUCAGAGGCCUCCAAGGCGCUGGAGGCCAUAGAUCUGAACGAGAAGGACGACUGGGCCAGGUUGCGUAAAGCUCUGAAGCACGCCUACGAGAACGCCGGGGACAUCCGCUGGUUCUUUGUGGCUCAGCCCAACACCUUCGCCAUCAUCGAGAACCUCAAGUACCUGGUGCUCACCAAAGACCCGGAGCAGCCGUUCUACCUGGGGAAGGCGGUGAAGUCCGGGGAGCUGGAGUACGUCGAGUUGAACAGCGGCAUUGUCCUCAGCUACGAGGCCCUGAAGAGGCUGGUGAAUGUCUUCCAGGAAGAGGAAAAGUGUCCGGAGAGAGGACGGCAGCUGUGGAAGCUGAGCGACGACAAGCAGCUCGCCGUGUGCCUGAAGUUCACCGGAGUGUUUGCGGAGAACGGAGAGGACGUCCACGGGAAGGGCCUGUUCAACAGCAAGACGGUGGACAGCUUGAUAUCGGAAAGCAUGAAGCAGAACCCCAGCAACGUGGUAGAGGGCUGCUGCGCCGACCUGGCCAUCACCUUCAGCGGCCUGUCCGCCAACCAGAUGCAGGUCAUGAUGUUCGGAGUUUACAGACUCCGUCCCUACGGACACGACUUCCACGACUUAUUGACAUUUUUCCCUCCCGAAGGCUCAGACAAUGACUAGCCUCGCUCGGUCAUUUUGAAGAUUUUGCUUCUGUGAUGGCAAACCUGAUAUUUGUUUAAGAGACUUGAUCCUGGGGGGAGUUCUAUAUAUUUGUAACUUUUUGCACUUGACUCGGCCGGUGCCGGAUGUCUGUGGAUCUGAGACUGGAUCAUUUCAAUUUGGAUUUUGGUCCCUGAAGUUCUGUUCUCAAUCUUUAAGCAUCUUUUUUUUUUUGUUGUUGU